AUGUUUCCAGUGAAAUCGAAUAACAAAAGACCAGCAUCAAGAUCCUCCUCGUCACCGUCAACUGUCCUUCCAUUGAUCACUCAAACGGGUCUUUUCCAAUGUUAUGAAUUUCUCGCCCCAAAUGAAUAUUCUGAUAAAACAUUCGGCUUGCUUGCGUUUCUUGUUCGCAAUUCCGUGGGUGAAAUCAAUUUUUCAUCAAUCAUGGAUGAAAUUGAAAGACGCACUCAAUCAGGGAUACCUUUGGAUUAUGCAAAAGCUUUAGAAGAGAAACGAAUAAGUCUUCCAAUGAACGAAGCAUCUGUUGAGAAAUGUUUAAUGCUAAAUCGUCUGAUUGCGUAUAUAAAUCAAGACACUGCAAGGGUUCUUCCACUUAUCUCUGAUAUUCGUCUCGAUAUGAAACUCAAAAUAAUAGAUCAGACACCAAAUCAAACAGUCACAUAUCCCAAUGAUUUUCGACGGCGAGAACAGGAUUUCAAUCAUCGGAGAACUGCUCAAGACAUGCGACGUUUAUUCUAUAUUAGUCAUAAAGAAUCUAAAGAACCUCCCAGUUUACUUCAUUUGCAAAACAGAGUAACGGAACACCUUACCUAUAUCAUCGAUUACAAAAUGCGAAACGAUCUAAAGUUUCGCGAAACUGGUCUCAGCGAACUGCCCAACAUACUGAGCAAUUCUUUUAUGAUCGUUUCACAGCCUCGUUUUGGUGCAAAUCCUGUUCUUAUCUAUGAUCGCAAACAAGGCUGUGCCGAGUAUACCUCGCAUCCUAAUUUCAUCGAUUUGUAUGAUAUAGAGUUGAGUUUAUGGCCAUUGUCAGCUCAUUAUAAGCUUGACGAAUCUCAAACAUUGUCAUGGAAAACAUGUCAAAUACAAAUCUCCCCCGAUGAUAAACCACACAUGAUUCAAUACGCUGAAUUAAGUUCGGUGACAAUUUUACCAUCUAACAAAAACAAUCCUCGUAUGCACUUCAGUGAAACCCUACAUUCACUGAAAUUCGCUAUUAAAGUUCAUGUACAUUUAAACGAAUACAAGUACUCUCAAAUCUAUCAAAUUCCAUUAGAAUCAUCGUCAUUUGUUAUUACUUCUCAUCAUAAUCAUAUACCACACAUGUUAUCAAGAGUAAUCCUUGAUGAUAUUCGACGCUUUUCCAAGACGACAACGAUCGAUGUCCAUACGAUAAUGAAUUUUUUGUUGCGAUAUUUCAAACACCGAACAGGUGUGGCACCAGCCGAAUACCUGAAAAACUAUCUUGAAUACGAAUUGAAACGAGCACAGCAUGAGAGAAGAAGCUUUCACACGUUAGAAGAUGCUUUUCUCGAUUUUGUCAUUCCAUUCGUUCAUCAAGUUGAAUUCAUGGCCAAACAUCCAAUUCUUUCCAUGUUCUACGCCGACGGCCUCUUUCUUGGUAUUUGCAAUAGCGAUCGAGCUGCCGAGUGUAUGAUCAACUCGUCCGAUCUUCAUGCACCGAUCGUUGAUUUACGUAUGAACUCGAUUAAAAUUGAGUAUAAAUCAAUUGCUUCGUCUCCCGCUGCAAAUAGAUCCGUCAAACCGUUUUUGUGUGCUGUUCGCGUGGAUAUUUAUAAUAAACGAACGAACAAAUUUCAAUAUCGAACAUUUGAUACGAAUAAUUUGUCAAAUGAUAUUGUGAAAUUUGUCACAACAGCUCAUGCGGAAAAAGCCAGUCACAUUCGAGUUCUAGCCAACAUUGAUAAUAGUAACAAUAUGAGAAACUAUCGAUUAUUCACGGAUUUCGAUGAAUAUUACCACGAUCGAUUGCACGAAAUCUAUAGAACAAAUGAAAAAUACAAACCGAUCACGAAUUUCAUUCUAAAUGUGGAGAGUGGAGAUGAUUCUGGUGAUGGUUCUGCUGUUGGUGCUAGUAGUGAUCAUCAUGGUUCUUGUACACCACACACAGAUCUAGCCGAAAUGUUUGCUGAUAAUCCAUAUUCGAUUCCGCCCUCAGCUACUCCUUCCUCCGUUCAUGAUCAUAUGACCUAUGCAUCUCCUAUUCGAGAUUAUUCCACAGUAUCCGGUGUUCAAUCCAACUCUUCGAUGGAAAAUAUCAGUUCGCCAUCGAAUUCGCAACAUCUUCAACCCUUAAGUCAUGAAUAUCUCUUACAGUACACACUCUCUCGACCUGAGCUUCUGACAGAAAUCUUACGUCAUGUGAAUAACCAGACUCAACCCCAACAACAAUUACAAUCUAUGUCUUUUCCAAAUCAACUGGGACACGAGAGAACCUAUAGUCAAUACCAACAAUCACCUAUCAUUCCGGAUCUACAAAGUCUUGUACAAUCCAACGCAACCUGCGCUCAACUACAUCCAGCACCGGAGGCCAUUCCAAAUCAAUCAACGACACAUCAAACAACACCGAUGUCAAUUGAUGAAGAUCUAAUAAACUUUGAUGAAUUAUUGGCUUCUCCGAAUUAA